CCAAGGCACUCGCUUCCCUCCCCGCCCCCUUCUUGCCUCCCCAGCUCCCGCCCGCCCCCCCACCCCCCGCUGCCGCGCGCCGUCCGUGACGUCAGAGCCCCCUCCCAGCCCCACAUCUCCCUCCUCCUCCUCCUCCCCUCCGUCGGUCAGUCAGUCCGCGAGGAGAGUCCGCGGUGGCGGCGACGGUGGCGAGAGCCGCGGGGGCUGUAGGAAGCCAACCUUCCCUGCUUCUCCGGGGCCCUCGCCCCCUCCUCCCCACAAAACCAGGGAUGGAGGCGCCUCCCCGGCACCCUCUCAGCAGCCCUCCCCGGGAAAAGUGUCCCCCCUGAGCUCCUUCCGCUCCCCAACAGCUACCCCUGCCCCCCACGCCAUGGGGCCAGGGGCCCCUUUUCCGCGGGUGGGGUGGCCACUGCUGCUUCUGGUUGUGAUGGCGGCAGGGGUGGCUCCGGUAUGGGCCUCACACUCCCCCCAUCUUCCGCGGCCUCACCCGCGGGUCCCCCCGCACCCCUCCUCAGAACGGCGCGCAGUGUACAUCGGGGCACUGUUUCCCAUGAGUGGGGGCUGGCCAGGGGGCCAGGCCUGCCAGCCCGCGGUGGAGAUGGCGCUGGAGGACGUGAAUAGCCGCAGGGACAUCCUGCCGGACUAUGAGCUCAAGCUCAUCCACCACGACAGCAAGUGUGAUCCAGGCCAGGCCACCAAGUACCUGUAUGAGCUGCUCUACAACGACCCUAUCAAGAUCAUCCUUAUGCCUGGCUGCAGCUCUGUCUCCACGCUGGUGGCUGAGGCUGCUAGGAUGUGGAACCUCAUUGUGCUUUCCUAUGGCUCCAGCUCACCAGCCCUGUCAAAUCGGCAGCGUUUCCCCACUUUCUUCCGAACGCACCCAUCAGCCACACUCCACAACCCUACCCGCGUGAAACUCUUUGAAAAGUGGGGCUGGAAGAAGAUUGCUACCAUCCAGCAGACCACUGAGGUCUUCACUUCGACUCUGGACGACCUGGAGGAACGAGUGAAGGAGGCUGGAAUUGAGAUUACUUUCCGCCAGAGUUUCUUCUCAGAUCCGGCUGUGCCUGUCAAAAACCUGAAGCGCCAGGAUGCCCGAAUCAUCGUGGGACUUUUCUAUGAGACUGAAGCCCGGAAAGUUUUUUGUGAGGUGUACAAGGAGCGUCUCUUUGGGAAGAAGUACGUCUGGUUCCUCAUUGGGUGGUAUGCUGACAAUUGGUUCAAGAUCUACGACCCUUCUAUCAACUGCACAGUGGAUGAGAUGACUGAGGCCGUGGAGGGCCACAUCACCACUGAGAUUGUCAUGCUGAAUCCUGCCAACACCCGCAGCAUUUCCAACAUGACAUCCCAGGAAUUUGUGGAGAAACUAACCAAGCGACUGAAAAGACACCCUGAGGAGACAGGAGGUUUCCAGGAGGCACCGCUGGCCUAUGAUGCCAUCUGGGCCUUGGCAUUGGCCCUGAACAAGACAUCUGGAGGAGGCGGCCAUUCUGGCGUGCGCCUGGAGGACUUCAACUACAACAACCAGACCAUUACCGACCAAAUCUACCGGGCAAUGAACUCCUCGUCCUUUGAGGGUGUCUCUGGCCAUGUGGUGUUUGAUGCCAGUGGCUCUCGGAUGGCAUGGACGCUUAUCGAGCAGCUGCAGGGUGGCAGCUACAAGAAGAUUGGCUACUAUGACAGCACGAAGGAUGAUCUUUCCUGGUCCAAAACAGAUAAGUGGAUUGGAGGGUCCCCCCCAGCUGACCAGACCCUGGUCAUCAAGACAUUCCGCUUCCUGUCACAGAAACUCUUUAUCUCCGUCUCGGUUCUCUCCAGCCUGGGCAUUGUCCUAGCUGUUGUCUGUCUGUCCUUUAACAUCUACAACUCACAUGUCCGUUAUAUCCAGAACUCACAGCCCAACCUGAACAACCUGACUGCUGUGGGCUGCUCACUGGCAUUAGCUGCUGUCUUCCCCCUGGGGCUGGAUGGUUACCACAUUGGGAGGAACCAGUUCCCUUUCGUCUGCCAGGCCCGCCUCUGGCUCCUGGGCCUGGGCUUUAGUCUGGGCUAUGGCUCCAUGUUCACCAAGAUUUGGUGGGUCCACACGGUCUUCACAAAGAAGGAAGAAAAGAAGGAGUGGAGAAAGACUCUGGAACCCUGGAAGCUAUAUGCCACAGUGGGCCUGCUGGUGGGCAUGGAUGUCCUCACUCUCGCCAUCUGGCAGAUUGUGGACCCUUUGCAUCGAACCAUUGAGACAUUUGCCAAGGAGGAACCAAAGGAAGAUAUCGACGUCUCUAUUCUGCCUCAGCUGGAGCAUUGCAGCUCCAGGAAGAUGAAUACAUGGCUUGGCAUUUUCUACGGUUACAAGGGACUGCUGCUGCUGCUGGGAAUCUUCCUUGCUUAUGAGACCAAGAGUGUGUCCACUGAGAAGAUCAAUGACCACCGGGCUGUAGGCAUGGCUAUCUACAAUGUGGCCGUCCUGUGCCUCAUCACCGCUCCUGUCACCAUGAUUCUGUCCAGCCAGCAGGAUGCAGCCUUUGCCUUUGCCUCUCUUGCCAUAGUUUUCUCCUCCUAUAUUACUCUUGUUGUGCUCUUUGUGCCCAAGAUGCGCAGGCUGAUCACCCGAGGGGAAUGGCAGUCGGAGGCGCAGGACACCAUGAAGACAGGGUCAUCGACCAACAACAACGAGGAGGAGAAGUCCCGGCUGUUGGAGAAGGAGAACCGCGAACUGGAAAAGAUCAUUGCUGAGAAAGAGGAGCGUGUCUCUGAACUGCGCCAUCAACUCCAGUCUCGGCAGCAGCUCCGCUCCCGGCGCCACCCGCCAACACCCCCAGACCCCUCUGGGGGCCUGCCCAGGGGACCCCCUGAGCCCCCCGACCGGCUUAGCUGUGAUGGGAGUCGAGUGCAUUUGCUUUAUAAGUGAGGGCAGGGUGAGGGAGGACAGGCCAGUAGCGGGUGGGAAAGGGAGAUAGGAAGGCCAGGGGACUCAGGAAGCAGGGGGUCCCCAUCCCCAGCUGGGAAGAACAUGCUAUCCAAUCUCAUCUCUUGUAAAUACAUGUCCCCCUGUGAGUCCUGGGCUGAUUUGGGUCUCUCAUACCUCUGGGAAACAGACCUUUUUCUCUCUUACUGCUUCAUGUAAUUUUGUAUCACCUCUUCACAAUUUAGUUCGUACCUGGCUUGAAGCUGCUCACUGCUCACGCGCUGCCUCCUCAGCAGCCUCACUGCAUCUUUCUCUUCCCAUGCAACACCCUCUUCUAGUUACCACGGCAACCCCUGCAGCUCCUCUGCCUUUGUGCUCUGUUCCUGUCCAGCAGAGGUCUCCCCACAAGUGCUCUUUCCACCCCAAAGGGGCCUCUCCUUUUCUCCACUGUCAUAAUCUCUUUCCAUCUUACUUGCCCUUCCACACUUUCUCACAUUUGUCUCCCCCUGAAUUUUGCUUCCUUUGGGGGCUCAUUCUUUUCGCCAAGGCUCACAUGCUCCUGCCUCUGCUCUUUGUGCACUCACGCUCAGCACACAUGUAUCCUCCCCUCUCCUGCGUGUGCCCACUGAACAUGCUUGUGUGCACUGCGUUUUUCUCUCAUGUUCAGUCACAUGUGCUCUCAGGCACCCUGCAUUCAUAGCCACGUGUGCCCCACUCACGGUUAUGGGUCUGCCCUUGAGCGUGUUUGGGUAGGCAUGUGCAAUUUGUCUAGCAUGCUGAGUCAUGUUUUCCUGUUUGCACACAUCCAUGUACUUUCCCUGUGUACCCUCCAUGUACCUUGUGUACCUUCUUCCCUUAAAUCAUGGUAUUCUUCUAACAGAGCCAUAUGCACCCUACCCUGCACAUUGUUAUGCACUUUUCCCCAAUUCUUGUCUGGUGGGGCCAUCCACACCCUCUCCUCAUCGCAGAAUCUCCAUUUCUGCUCAGACUCCCCCCUUCUCCAUUGCAUUCAUGUACCACCCUCAGUCUACACUCACAACCAUCUUCUCCCAAGACUGCUCCCUUUUGUUUUGUGGGUUUUUUUUUUUUUUUUUUUUUGAGGGGAAUUAAGGAAAAAUAAGUGGGGGCAGGUUUGGAGAGCUGCUUCCAGUGGAUAAUUGAUGAGAAUCCUGACUAAAGGAAGGCAGCCUUGACUGUUGGGAUAGACAGAUGGACCUACGGGGCGGGAGGUGGCGUCCCUUUCACACUGUGGUGUCUCUUGGGGAAGGAUCUCCCCGAAUCUCAAUAAACCAGUGAACAGUGUG